CACCGCCGACCGACCGACCGGCCGCGUCCACACGAUCAGGUGGCAAUUCAGUGACGUGUGUGCGACUGUUGUUUAUCUUCCUCUCAGUUGGCCUGAGUUGAGUGGCAGGAAAAGAGCAGGCAAAAUUCCCAGACGAAGAUCAUUUUGACACAAAAUUAAGUGCAGAUAUGGUGCACACGGUAUUCGUGACUGGCGGCGCCGGCUACAUCGGCAGCCACUGCAUCGUUUCCCUACUCGAGGCUGGCUAUGAAGUCGUCGCCAUCGACAACUUCGCCAACAGCGUCAGCGAGCGCGGCGCCGACGGCCUGUCGAGGGCACCCGCCCUCGACAGGGUGCAGCAGAUCACAGGCAAGGAACUCACCUUCGUGCAGUGCGAUCUGCUCGACAUCGACGCCCUCAGGAACAUUUUCAAACUGAAAAAAAUCGACAGCGUGAUCCACUUUGCGGCCAUCAAAGCGGUGGGCGAGAGUAUGGAGCAACCAUUCCUCUACUAUCGCAACAAUAUGAUGGGCGCCAUAAAUUUGCUCGAGGUUAUGAAAGAGAACGGCUGCUAUAACCUCGUGUUCUCCAGUUCGUGCACCGUGUACGGUUCACCCGAAUUUCUGCCCAUCAAUGAGGACCACCCAACAGGCAAGGUGACCAACGUGUAUGGCAGGACGAAAUAUUUCAUCGAGGAAAUGCUCAAGGACGUGGCUGUCGCCGAAAAGCAAUGGAACAUCAUCAUGCUCCGCUACUUUAACCCUGUCGGCGCCCACCCUUCUGGAUCGAUCGGCGAAGACCCGACCAAGCCGUUCACAAACUUGAUGCCCUACAUUGCGCAGGUCGCAAUCGGUUCUAAGCCAAAGCUCACAAUCUUUGGAACCGACUACAAUACCGAAGAUGGAACAGGUGUUCGAGACUACAUUCACAUCAUGGACCUUGCCAGUGGUCAUGUGGCGGCCCUGAAGAAGCUGCAGGAGGAGCACCUCAGGAUGAAGAUCUACAAUUUGGGAACCGGUGAGGGCGUGUCUGUGCUGCGAUUGCUGAAGACCUUUGAAAAAGUGACCGGCACCAAAGUAGCUUACGAGACCCUGGAGCGCAGGGUAGGCGACAUUGACGCCAUCUACGCGAAAUGCGAGCUGGCGGAGAAGGAACUCGGUUGGAAAUCGCAAUACAACCUCGAGCAAAUGUGCGAAGAUUUCUGGCGCUGGCAGACUAUGAAUCCUGAUGGCUAUCGUUCCAACAAGACUAUCACCAACGGAAAGAUGAACGGAGAGGGCAAGCACAUAGCCACCGCUGCGACGAAUGGGACCAACGGAGUCCAUUGAGCGCGCCCGAUUGGAAUAUAUUUCCAAAUGGCCAGUCAGCAGGAAGAUUUUCAUGAUUUAAGCUCACGCUAUUACGGUUUCUCUUGCCUUUUUUGUGUCACUUAUUUUUAUAAUAUUAUGUUCAGGAAGAAAUGUGUGCGUACGGUAUAUUUAAAUAAAGAACGGUUUGCCUCUUA